GAAUUAGAUAAUUUUUCGAUGGAUAAAACAUCAUUAGAAAUACAAAACUCUCCUUAUUCUCCUUUGUUACAAGAACAUGAUCAUGAUGAGGAAAUUAUGUGUGAUAAUGAAGACAUCAUAUAUGAUUCAGAUACUGAUACCGAUUCAGUAGAUUCUGAAGAUUUUUGUGGGGCUAGCUUUGAAGAUGCAAUAAAUGAUAUAAUCAACAAGCAUAUUUCACAGUGA